AUGUGGGAAGUUGACUUUGAUGAUAUUGAUGAAGGCUUGAACAUUGAAACCGAUUUGGAUAUACCACAAAUGAGAUUGGAAUUUGAGACAGAAGAAGAUGCAUAUCAAUUUUAUUUGGCAUAUGCUAAAAAGGUUGGAUUCGGUGUAAGGAGAGGUAGAAUCCACAAGGAUGAAUCGGUGAUACAGAUUGAGAUGGCAAGUGAUGUGGGAAUCCCUCCAAAAGCAUCUCAUAAUCUUAUGGUGAGGCAAAUGAGAGCUGAUUAUGCUAAUUUUGGAGAUGUUGUUUGCUUUGACACAACCUACAGAAAGAACAAUGAAGGUCGGCCAAUUACAUUAGCUAUGGGUGAGAAAAAACCAACUACUAUUCUUACAGAUCAAGAUGCAGCAAUGACAAAUGCAGACUUUGCUGAAGAUUUUGCCUCAUGUAUAUAUGAUUUUGAUGAAGAGGAAGAUUUUAUUUCAGCAUGGAACAUGAUGUUAGCCAAGUAUGCACUUGAAGACAAUGAUUGGUUGAGUCACUUCCAAAGGCUUCUUGAUGAUCGUCGAUAUGAGGAAUUAAAAGCUGAUUUCAAAUCAAAUACAAUUGUUCCCUAUUUAAUGUUUCCAAUUGAGAUUUUAAAGCAUGCUAGUGAAAUUUAUACUCCUGAGGUAUACAAGUGUUUUCAACAGGAGUGGUGCUUAUCUCAUGAUUCUAAUCUUGAAAUUUGUGAGGAUGUUGAUACAUUUACAAAAUAUAAAGUUACUCCUCACAAAAAGAAAAACCAUCAUAUAGUUACACUUGAUAAGAAGUAUGAAAAAAUUGAGUGUAGCCGUAGAAAAUUUGAAUUUGCUGGAAUUUUGUGUUCUCAUAUUCUGAAAAUAUUUACGUGGAAAAAUAUCAUGAAGAUCCCAAGUGAUUAUGUAUUGAAAAGGUUGACAAGAAAAGCAAAAAUUGAAUAUUUUGGAGUUAAUGAUUCAAUGGCCAACAAUGCUAGUUUGGAUCCAAAAGUACUUCAAAACAUGCGUUACAAAGAGUUAUGUGGGUUGAAUGUUCAAUUGAUUACCAAGGCAGCAGAAAGGAAUGACACCUACAUGUUUGUUAAAGAUGCUAUGUUGAGCUUGUGUAAGAUAGUGGAUGAUAAAUUACAAGUUAAUGAAUCAAAUGUCCAACAAUUAAAUGUGAGCCAAGCAUCCAGGGAAUUUGAUUAUGGUGAAGGGAACUCUACUGGAGUGAAAGGGAUUAAAAUGAAGAAAAAAACGGUGUCAGGUAAGAGGUUGAAAGGUGGGUUAGAGAAGCUUUCAAGGAAAAGAAAAGCAGCGAGGAAAACAAACCAAGCUUCAACAAUUGGUGUAGAUCAAAGUAUUUCCACCGUGGCCAGUGUACAAUGUGACCAGAUCAUUCAUCAACCUAUAAAUUCUGUGCCAACAAUUGGUAGCUCUGUUGGUAGUUUCAAUAUGGCUGAGACUCAAUUUCCACCAUUAUUGGCAUUACAACUUUCUCAGGUGCAAUUCCCAUUUGUGCAAUUUGCUAGACCACCUCGUGCGGACUCCUCCCCUUAG